UCAGACAACACGCAAAAGUCUUGUGGUAUGACCGAGUAAGGUAUGUCUUUAUGGAAUUCUGCGUAGAAAACAGUCGAGAUGUCAAGGUGGAAAUUGAACCCAAUAAAGUUAUUUUCAGCUGUUUAAAUGAAGAUAAUGUUCAAAUGUACAAUGAAUUUGAGUUAUUUGACAAAAUACAACCUAAAGAUUCUAGGGAGAAACGUUCAGAUCGAUCAAUUACUUGCUUCCUGAGGAAGUGGAAGGAAAAAGUGGCUUGGCCAAGGUUGACCAAGGACAAUAACAAGCCUGCCUGGUUGCAAGUUGAUUUUGAUAACUGGAGAGACUGGGAUGGAGAAGAGGAAGGAGAGGCAGCAUUAGCAGAGCACUAUUUGGAUCUGAUCAACAGUGCCAAAGACAAGGGAGCACCUCCAAGCAUGGAUGAUCUGGAUGAUUUAGAUGUAAGUAUUGUA